AACAAAAAAGACAGGACAACUCACAGCGGCGAACACGACAAACGCAAGACACGAAAAACGGUCCCGAUCAAGCUGGGCUGCCGCCCGGGUACUAGCAAAAGUGCAACCAGCAAACAACGACAAGCGAGCGAUACGGUUCGCAACGGUCAGCGCGGAAACAAAACUUCAAGCGAACGCGCGCUCGUCUCUGUGUGUGUGUGUCUCUCUGUGCAUAAAGUGAAACAUUUGAGCUGGUGUGAUAUAAUAAGCGAACGGUUUUAAUAGUGUACGAGUGUCUUGAGUGUUUGCCCAGCUCUGGGGUUACGAUAUUUUUACAGUUACGUGGAUUUUCUCGACAUUUCCCUACACAUACACACAAACACGCGAAACAACCAACCGUGUACCGUGUGAUCGUGUGAUUUUUUAUGUGCUGAGAAACUGGUCGUGGUGACCGUGGUGAGAACAAUUAAAAAAGCCCCUUUUCAAGGUGGGAAGCAAUCUUUUUCCCCUCCGCCACAUCGGAACGAAAAGUGUACUAGUGGAAAAAGUGGAAAAGACUCACAACAUCCCUUAAGUGACCACAGCAGCCACAAUGAGUCCAAAACCGCACGACUUUAUGGUAACGCUCAGGCGCGCAUCGCCACAGGUCCCGUGGGGCAUUCGGCUCGUCGGUGGUACCGAUCUGAACGCACCACUUAUCAUCACACGGGUACAGGUCAACACUCCAGCCCAGCCGGAGCUGCUACGUGGUGAUGUGAUUACCAAAAUCGACCAGUACGAUGCGCGGGACCUUACGCACAUCGAUGCGCAGAACCUGUUCCGUAAUGCUGGCAACCAGAUCAAGGUAACUGUGCGCCGCGAUGACAAGGUAGCACUGCACCAGAGUGCCCAUCCGAUCAAUGGCAAUCCGGUGGCACCGUUAACGCCGGCCACCUUUGCGCAACCUUACCAACCGUACGCGGAACCGGUACAGCCGGCCAAACCACAGCUACAUCAGAAUUUCCCACCACCGGAUCCUUCCCAGUUCUUGCCGAGCGUUGCCUCGUCUUUGCCACAUGGUCCGCAGUCGUAUGCGGCCGCACUGGAGCGUCCAGUUGAAACGUUGCCGCACACCGUGUUUCCCGGAGUGGAUGAAACUGGAGCGUACCAUCUGCCCAAGCAGCCGUACCCACCACCGACGCCGACCGGUCUGAACGAUGCCAACGAAGCGAUCACUAAUCAGCCGUACCGUACCACGCCACUUGUCCUGCCCGGUGCGAAAGUACCGAAGAAGGAUACGCUCCCGACAGAGUCGUACCUUAGACACCACCCGAACCCGGCCAUGCGUGCCCCGCCAGCACAUGACUACACAGACACACUGAUGAAACAGAAGCUCGCUGAAACUGUGAUUCAUCGAGUGAUUGGCGAAGAGCCACCGACCGGUCCGAAGGUCGUUCACAAGCAGUUCAACUCACCGAUCGGACUGUACUCGGAUAGCAACAUUGAAAACACGAUCAGACAGAGCGCUCCACAGCAGCAGACACAAACCGUUCCAUCGAACGGAUACACCAAUCGCCAUCGGCCAACGAAAAUUGAAGGCUACAAGAAAACCGUCGUGUUUGACCCAUGCAAAAGCGAAACGUACCGUGCGCUGCAGGAAGGAACUGGCGAAGGUUUGCAGGAGGUACCGAAUCCGAUUCAGCCGAAAACCUUCGCCCCGAACCGUUUAGUGCCUGGAAAGAAGCCUAACGCCAAUCAUCCUGCACCCCAGCCAGAGUUCGCGUACCGGGUCAACUCGAUGGGUGAACCGAACGAAAAGAUCCACCAGAGUGGAUCCUUCAAACGUUUGAUGCUACACGUUAUGAGCGAAAUGGACUAAGCGUCCGUCAUCUUGCCAUUUAAGAGCUCAUCAAUUGUUGCGCCCAGCAAUUUUUCUUACUUGACACACACACCCAUACAAACAAACAAAAAAAACACAUACCCAUGUAGAUUGUUCAUCGAAGCGACAGUAUAAUCGGCUUCAAAACGAAUCCCAUACCGUAGAGGUCCAUCAUUUUAAUUCAUAGAAUGCACUCGAUCGUAAAGAUCCUCAUUAGGGAUCAGAAUUUGUUAAACAACAACCACAACAAAAAUAUCUAUCGAUUUUCGUUGUAUCUCUCAGCCCCACACAUACACGCACACACGAAAUUGUUCGAAAUAUAUUUUAGACCUUAAUCAACCCGCGGGCACCCCCUUGCCGAAAUGUGAAACUGCGUGAAUGUUUUGUAAAUAAGCAAAUGCUUCCACCCUGCCCAUUGCCCGCAUUGGAAUCAGAUUCCGUUGGGGUUUCUUUGCCCUUUUUUUUGAUUCUCUAACCGCCACAUGUUGAUUAGUUCCUUCCCGUUUUUCCUCCCUAUUGAGCUCACCCCCUCUCCUCCCCUUCCCUCAGUGUCGUGAAUCGCCCAUCGUGUGUUUUGCUGUAAGCACAUUUGCAUAUUUAAUUAUUUAUCUAUAUCAACGUAUAUUUACGCGAUUGUAUAUUCUACACUGAUCUUUUUACCGAUUACCGCAAGGCUCACUGAAAAAUUUGAGCAAAUCAAGCGAAGCGAGUGUAUGUUCUAGUCAAAAGCUGAUCGUUGUUCGUUUGUAGCGGGAUCCAACCCACCGUGGCAUUCGGGUCCGCCGCGUAACGCUCAGAAGAAGUAGUUAUCGUUUUUAAUCAACAUUACAUAUAUCAACCGUUACUACAUUUACUCGCUGGUAAAAUGUUGUAUGAAAAAAAAAAACACAAUUUUUUGUAUUUAAUUUCGCGCUGAAGGUUUCCUUCCAAUAAUGGAGAUAAAACCUUUGCACCGUUGUACGUUUGUUUUGCUGGAAGGGAUGUGAAACACAUUUGAACUCAUCAGGAUGAUGGAAUUUAAGCGAGUACAUAUGCAAAUGCACACACAUACACGUACUCUGAACAAAAAAAGGAAGAUAGUUUAGCACGGCUUGAUACGAGAUAUAUCUAUUUAUUACAGUUUAUGUACACAGUGAUAUCACAUUACGAUGAACGAAAAUGCAGAAUAAAGAUGAACUUACUAUAAAAAUA